AUGACGGAGCCCAAGAAAUACAGCCCCGCGAUAGAAGCCAGCCUGGCGCACUUCCGUAGCAUCCCGUGGGUCAACGACGUGCACCUCUCGGACAAUGCCUUCCAGAUCGUGGAUGGCAACCUGUCACGAGCAAUCACACAGCCUGGCAACGGGCACUCACUGACCGGCGAGACAUGGAACACAGAGAAAACCAUCGCGCAUCUAAUCACCAUGUACCGACCUGCGGCUCCAGACCGCGAAGCUGGCCAGAACUGCGGCGGUGGCGAGCUCCGCCGAAUCUACACGUUCGGCACGGGCUUGAACGCACACCCGAACCUGCUGCACGGGGGCGUCAUCGCGACGAUCUUGGACAGCGCGAUGGGGAACGUCAUUCACCAGGCACUGCGGCCCAGGGGUGCGACGUUCACGGUGUUGUUGAAUAUCACGUAUAAGAAGCCUGUGUCUACGCCGGGGACUGUGCUCGUGCGUUCUUCCGUCGUUCAGGUCGAGGGGAGGAAGAUUUGGGCUCGUGGAGCGGUAGAAGGUGGUGAUGGAGAGGUUCAUGCUACCGCUGAGGGGAUGUGGUUGAUGGCGAAGGCAAAUUUAUGA